AACACUUCCUCUAAAAAGAUGUAGCCAAUUGUUAGUGAAACUUUGUAUAAAUCGCCAUAAAAUAUCGCCAUGAAAGAACAGGAAGCAAAAAGACUUCCUAGAGUAGCGAUAUUCGGUACUAGUGCUACCGUAAAAUGCCUUGUUCCAAACUUAAAGAAUAGUGGAUUUAAAGUAGUUGCAAUUUGGAACAAUAGUUCAGAGAAUCUUGAAGCUGUCGCCCGAGAGCUGAAUGUACCUAAUUGGUCUGUUGAAGAGGGAGCAAUAGUUAAACAAAAAGAUUUAUAUGAUAUCAUAUUUAUAAGUACCUGUCCAACAAGUCAGACAGAAAUUGCGUAUAAUUCCUUAACUGUUGGAAAACAUGUCAUUUGCAACUUUCCUGUUGGACCUACUCAAGAACAUCUCUUGAAAUUAGUAAAAGCUCAUUCCGAGAAAUUGAUGGCAAUUGUCUGCAAUGGAUUAAAAUACUUACAAUGUUUUGUACAAAUGAAAAAGCAUAUCGAUGAAGGAUACGUUGGAGAUAUUCGUACUGUAGAAGCUCGUGUACACUGUAAAUCUAUUUUGAAAGAACGCUAUGAUUGGACAUGCGAUGAACGAAUGGGUGGUGGUAUACUUAAUAUUUAUGGAUCACCAGUUAUUGAUCUAAUACGGUAUUUAACCAAUCUAAAAGCUUCCAAAGUGCAUACCGUUCUAAAGACAUACACAACCCAGACCAAAACAAUUUGCAGUAUUCGUCAAGUAACAAGUGAUGACUACUGCUCUGCAGUUUUGCAAUUGGAAAAUGGAGCUAUGUUUUCACUUAACUUAAACUCACACUUUCGUAAGGAUUACGACCUAGAAGUGUCAGUUUGUGGUUCUCAUGGUAGAUUAAGUGUCAAAGGAAAGGAUCUGGUGGGUGUUAAAAAUUGUGAGAGAGAAGAGCAUUUGUACGACGAUCGUUUGACUCUAAGAGAAUCCUCAAAUUCACAAUCAGAAAUUUCUGGCUAUCAUUUAUCUGGAAUCACGAGGCAGUUGAAUAGCAUUAAAGAUUCCUUUCAAAAUAAGGAAGGAGAUGACUUAUACGAUAGAAAAGUAGAGAAACAAGCCACAACCCUUGCACAAGCACAGUACAUUCAAGGAGUUAUUGACGCUAUGGUAAAAUCAAAUGAAAGAAGAAGUUGGGUGCGAGUCAGCGAACUAAAUGCUUCGGAUGUUGACGACGAAAGUAUUUUAUCUUUAAAUUAG